CCCACCCGCGCUCGUGCUCGGUGCCCACUCCCGCUGCUGCCUCGUCCUUGCUCGUCAAGAUGUCUUUCUUCUGCUCCAUAUCUGGAGAGCCCCCGCUGGACCCUGUUGUGUCAACAAAGUCUGGCCAUGUCUACGAGCGGAGGCUCAUCCUCAAGUACAUCAACGAGAAUGGCACGGACCCCAUUACCGGAGAGAAGCUCGAGGAGAGCGACCUCAUCGGUGUAAAAGCCAACCCGAAGUCCGCGCCCCCACGGCCGCCAAAUGCCACCUCUAUUCCCGUUCUUCUUCAGACCCUGCAAAACGAGUGGGACGCGGCAAUGCUCGAGACAUUCGCGCUCAGGCAGCAAUACAACUCGCUGCGCCAAGAACUGAGCUAUGCGCUCUAUACACAGGACGCGGCCCAACGCGUCGUGGCGCGUCUCCUCAAGGAGCGUGACGCUGCCCGGGAAGCGCUCAGUAGUGUUGCAGCCACUAUGAACGUGGAGGUGCCUUCGCAAGGUGAUGUUGACAUGGGAGAGGCGGCGCAAGAGGCUGGUGGUCUGCCCGCAGACACGCUCAAGCAAAUCGACGAGACGCACCAGAAGCUCUCUGCACUGCGCAAGAAGCGCAAGGCCCCCGAAGGCUACGCGACUGCCGCGGACGUCAAGGGCUACACUGGCAAGCAUACCAUCCCCUCCCUCCACUCCCCGUCCCCCGCUGGCAUUACCGCUUUGGCUGUCUCAACCGCGAACCCCGAGCAAUUCCUCACCGGCGGGAACGACAAGAUUGUGCAGCUCUAUGACAGGAGCACGGACAAGGUUCUCGCCACCCUCAAGGGCCACACGAAAAAGGUCACGCACGUUGCCUUCCGCGAACGCGAGGGUGACCCGACGCUCGUCCUCUCCGCGAGUGCGGACAAGAUUGCGAAGGUCUGGGCACACGACUCCGCAUCUGGCGAGUACAUUCCGAAGGCAACGAUCCGCACCCACAAGGGCGAGCUCACCGGCCUGGUCGUCCACCCCACAUCGUCGCUCCUCGCGCUCGGCUCGACUGACCGCACAUGGUCCCUCCACGACCUCACGACGUUCAGCCAGGUGUUCCGCUCGCCCGAGGCGGACGAGCCGCUCACCUCGCUCAGCAUCCACCCCGACGGCACGCUCGUCGCGGUCGGCACGCCCGGCGGCGCGAUCCAGGUGUUCGACAUCCGCUCCGGCGCGGUCGCCGCGUCGCUGCAGCCCGAGGGCGCCGCGCCCUUCACCGUGAACACGCUCUCGUUCUCGGAGAACGGGUACCAUCUCGCCGCGCCGGACUCGCUCGCGUCCGUCGCGGUGUGGGACCUGCGCAAGCCGAAGGUCGCGAAGUCGAUCGCGCUCGGCGACGCGUUCCGCGUGCACCGCGUCAAGUACGACGCGAGCGCGGGCUUCCUCGGCGUCGCGGGCAGCGAGGGCCUGCGCGUGUUCGCGCACAAGACGUGGGAGGAGCUCGUGCGCUUCGAGGAGGGCGGCGAGGUCGCGGACUUUGCGUUCGCCGCGGACGGGUCCGAGAUCUGGGGCGCGACGGGCAGGGAGGUGCGCGUCUGGGGCGCGGCGGUGUGAAAGGCGCCUGGGUAGUGCGCUGGAGCCCCUUGCGGCUCGUGUUGUGUUGUUGAUACGUUCGAUGUUCUGUUGCUUGCGCUCUCUUAUACUGUUUGUAACCUACCGCUUGCUGCUCGUGAGCGACCUCAUUGCGAUCAUCGUGCUCGCGAGUAACGACCCC